AAGCUCAAGCUUGUCUUAAUAUAAUGACACAAGCACAAGAAGUCUACACUGAAUUAUCACACAGGUUCCUAACUUUGGUCCUGGAAAACCACUUGUCCUGCAUAUUUAGUGUUUCCCUGCUCCAGCACACUUCAGCUAAUCAGCUAAUUCCUUCAUCCAUCAGCUAAUUCAUUCAUCCAUCCAUCCAUUUUCCAUACCGCUUAUCCUCCACAGGGUCGUGGGGUAACCUGUAGUCUAUCCCAGGGAACUCCGGGCACAAGGCAUGGGACCACCUGGACAGAGUGUGUACCCACUGCAGGGCACAAUCACACACCCAUUCACACACUCCAGACAAUUUGGAAAUGCCAAUCAAUAUACAACGCAUGUCUUUGGACUGGUGGAGGAAAGCAAAAUACCCGGAAGAAACUCCCGAGGCCCCAGAAGCACAGGGAGAACAUGCAGGCUCCACGGUAGGAUUUGAACUCCCAACACCAGAGGUCCAUAGCAGGGAACACAGUAAAAUGUCCAGGAACAAGGUUGGAAACCUGUGCAUUAAGGGGAUUUAAAGUGUGUGACCAUGAAUUAGGGUAUGUAUAGAGCAUGAAACGUGUGUGAUCAUAAAUACUCGCACUGAUACACAACACUGUAUGUAGGUGUGUAGAAAUCACAUGCCUACACUAUUUUUAGGGAUGCCAUUUACGCAACUGCGUUUUGGACUGUGAUCAGCAAUUUUCUGGCCAGACAGAAUGUUCAUCCCAUAAUAAAGAAAGGGACAAUAGAGAGGCUCUGUCAGGUAGGGUGGGGCGGCCCGGUGUCAAUAUAUCAGCAACUCUCCCCAUCACAGAUAAACAACCUGCAACAGGUGGUCAGCAUCACAACAUCGGCAUCACAUCAUCUUGUUUUAUUUAUUAUAAGGCAAACUCUUGGAUUAUCUGUCAUAUAAUCCAGCACAGCAAGAGUAAUCAGUCAGAACUUCAAGAUCUCAAAUAUUGACCUUUUGGCGACAUGACAAAGACGGUGUUGUUACUGAUGUGCCUGAUUCUCAUCUUUUCUGUGGAUGCUGAAGACAAAUCAACACGAUACCGAAGGCCCGCAUGUGGGCCCAUGAGUUUAAGUCAGGCCUGCCCUCUUAACUACGCUCCAGUCUGUGGAAGUGAUGGCAUCACCUACGCCAACGAAUGUGCCCUAUGUGUACAACGCCUGCAAACCAACGCAGACAUCAUGAUUAUGAAAGACGGGAGCUGCUGAGGAGGAUGUGUACCUCCCCUCUCAUAGAACUAUCACUUCUGAUUUCACCAUCCAUGCUU